AUGGCCGGCCUCAGCCCUCAGGUAACGAACCUGGUCAUCAUCCUCGGGAUGAUGCAGGUGUCGAAGCGGAUCCCCUUUGAUGACCCGGACGUCCUGAACAUUGUGCGCAUUGGCUACGUUGCCAGCAACCUGAUCAUCCUGGCUAUCUCUCUGUAUAUCGGAAGCCUGAUCGACAAGAAGAAGGACCUCACCACGCUCAAGUAUGUCGAGCCUGCCCCGAUGGGCUCGGCCGAGGAGCCAAAGCUUGUCACCACGACCAUCCACGCCUACGACAAGGCACAGCUCAAGACGCUCAUGCGCUCGCAGAUGAUGGGUGUCGCCAUGAUGGGCUUUAUGCACCUGUACAUGAAGUACACCAACCCGCUCCUGAUUCAGUCCAUCAUCCCGCUCAAGGGCGCCUUCGAGUCCAACCUCGCCAAGAUCUACCUCUUCGGCAAGCCCGCCUCGGGCGACUUGAAGCGCCCGUUCAAGGCAGCCGGUGGUCUGAUGAGCAGCCUCCAGGGCGGCUCAGCACAGAGCGACAAGAAGGCCGUCGAAGCCGCCGAGCGGUCUGGCCGGGGAGGUGCCAAGGAGGAGUAG